GAUUACUAAUACCUUCUUCUAGAAAAUACAUAAUUAAAAAUGUCAUAACAAAAAGGUAGGGAGGGAGUGCAUAUUACGUGCUACUAUUAAUAAUCGCAUAGUAUAUAAUAUCUGUAACUCUGAGUGGGGUGGGUUUAAAGACGGGCCUGUUGAUUGGCGGUUGUGGUGUAACUAAAGAUGAAUUUAGAAAUGAACAAAAGAGCAUUUAAAAGAGAUGUUUAAGGUUGAAAGGGCUCAAGUGAAGGAGUCUGCGUGUGGAGUGCCUCGGUCGGCAGUUGCAACUGAUCUUGGCUGCGUGCAGUGAAUCGAAGUGAAAGAAAGAAACAUUAACAGCGGGAGGAGACUGCGGGAGGGGAAAAGGAGGUGGCGUGAAGGACGGUGUAUCGCACAGUAUUUAUAGCUGGCGGGAUGAGGAGAUAGGACGAGAGGAGGUAUAGGGAGGGAGUAGCCAGACACAAUAAGAGAAGAAGAAGAGGAGGACAAAGAGACGAUGCUGAGGAGGAAGAGAAGCGUGUCGUUCGGUGGCUUCGGCUGGAUUGACAAGUCUUCCGUCAGUGCCCUGAGAGCUCGUAAACAGGAGCUCCAGGCGGCCUCCAAUGGUGCCGACGCCGACUGCCCCCCCUCCCCUCCCCGAACGGCACCACCCACCACCAAGUCGGCCCAUUUCUUUGACAUGAUGGACAAGAUGGAGGAUGACUACAUCCCUUAUCCAAGGAUUGAAGAGGUAUUGGAAAAGGGAGGCCCGUACCCCCAGGUCAUCCUCCCCCAGUUUGGAGGUUACUGGAUCGAGAAACCCGAGGAACCUCCGCCCCCUGCGGCUCCUCCUGCCACCUGGGAGGCCAGCGGGGUUGAAGAGCUUGGAGGAGGAGGAGGAGAAGGAGGAGGAAGGGGAGGAGAGGCCCAGGAGAAUGCAGAUUGUGGAUAUCAUCUGGAGGAGACUAACGAGGCCGCUCGGGCGUACAGGAAGUACUUUUUGGGGAAGGAGCAUUUAAACUUCUCCUGCCCAUCCAGCAAUGUAGGAAAUGUACUGUUGUCUGUAAGGCAUGAAGUGGAGAAUCAACAGGAACACCUCCACGUCAUCAUCCGGUCCCGAGUAAAGACAAUCUAUCAGCGACUGUCAGUGACAGAACUGCCUGAUAUUCCAAGUGUACAAGAGCUGGCAAAGCUGCUGUGUGACGACGCAGCCGGUCUCCGUUUCAGUCCUGUCCUCUACCCAAAGGCAUCUCAGCUGAUUGUCAACUACGAUGAGCAUGAAGUGAACAGCACAUACAAGUUUGGUGUCAUUUUUCAGCGCUUUGGACAGGUAUCUGAGGAGGAGCUGUUCAGGAACAAUGAGGAAACGCCAGCGUUCCAAGAGUUCCUGCAGCUGCUGGGUGACACUGUGGAGCUGCAGGACUUUAAAGGGUUUCGGGGGGGUCUGGAUGUGUCCCAUGGCCAGACUGGUUCUCAAUCUGUGUACACGGUCCAUAGACAGCAGGAAGUCAUGUUCCACGUCUCAACCAAGCUGCCGUUCACUGAGGGAGACACCCAACAGCUCCAAAGGAAGCGUCACAUAGGGAAUGACAUCGUAGCAGUGGUGUUCCAGGAAGAGGCCACCCCUUUUGUACCAGACAUGAUUGCCUCCAACUUUUUACACGCCUUUGUUCUAGUGCAGGUGGAGGAUCCCUGCUCGGAGAAUACCAUCUACAAGGUGUCUGUUACAGCACGAGAGGAUGUACCGCCGUUUGGCCCGCCUCUCCCAAAUCCAGCUGUUUUAAAGAAGGGUCCAGAGUUUCGGGAGUUUCUCCUCACUAAGCUAAUCAACGCAGAGCUGGCCUGUUACAAGAGCAUCCGCUUCGCCCGACUGGAGGAGCGGACCAGGGCUGCCCUGCUGGACACCCUUCACGAGGAGUUGCAGAGAGGCUCCCAGAGAAUGCUGGGAUUGACGUCGACUCUCGAUGAGGAGCCACGGGCAGAAAAUGGACACGCUCAUGGCGGUCUGCUGGAAUCCAUCAAGAGGGCAAUGCGAGGGCGAAGCGUCUCCAUGGAGACAAUGUCAAGGGGUGGCGGGGGGCUACCCACCAGUUUGAGCGGCGGGGGGUUGGUACAUAUCAGCGCUGAGUCUAAUGUAAAAUCGCCAGUGAAACGACGAUCGGGUCUGUUCCCUCGAUUGUUGAGUAUUGACAGCCAAACAGACAAGCACAGCCAAAGAAGUUUCCUUGGUGACCAGAGAAGCUUUGACAGUUGCCAGCCAAUGUUGGAGGUGAAGUCAGAGUUGCCGUCCAAUCCCAGCUCUCCAGAGGCGGUGCAACGAGACAGAAUUUGCAUAAAGAAGGACAGCAGUAAAAUUUCCAGAUCCACUUCCAGCACGUGCAGCUUUAGUCUCCCUGCAGACGACACACACUUGCUUGUCCCUGCUGUGACAGGAGAGGGUGCAGGUUCAAAUCCGCUCACCGUCUGCCGAAGCCCCACAGAGAUGAAAAACAAAAACUCCCCACGAUCCAACCUCAAGUUUCGUUUCGACAAGCUGAGCCACUCUGCCGCAUUGGGACACUAGACUGCAAAGACAAGGAAAAGUUGUCAGAGUCUCAAGUGAGUUCAUCAGCCAGAACACCGGCCGGCAUCGCUGUUGAGGAUGAGUCGGCACCGAGACUUGUGCAACGUGGCUUCAAUCAUUCCCAACUGGCCUCUCCGUCACUUAUGAUUAUGAUCGGUUCGCACAUUGUGAUUCCGCCUGAAUGCCUGAGAAUGGCGAAUGAAUGUGUCAGUUAGGUGGAAAUAACCCCAAUGAUGUCACAGCGCCACCAGCGACUUUGCAACCCUGGCUUGAAUACGAGUCACUGCAUCCCGAGGGGAGAGGAUCAUGCAAGGACACUAUCCAACUGAAUUAUGGGAAAUAUGGGAGAAUUUGAUCCCAUGAUGAGCAAAUUCCAUUUCUCUGCUCUUCUUGAAGCUCUUUCCAGUUGCUUUUCAAAUACAUUUUACAAUAAUCCACAAAUACUGCAGUAUCAGCACCUUAGAAUCUAAACUGAUCAGUUUAAGUGAAAAGUCUGUUCUAACACUUAAAUUGAGAGCAGUAAAACUGCCAUAGAUGUACUGUAUGCAUUCGAUUAAAUAAUCAGGGAUACAACUGAAUGAGGGUGUACACCGAAAAUUAUUUUUGUGUGGAAUAUAAUUGACUAAAAAUGAUAUGCAGCAUUUUCCCCUGCAAUAAUAUUCCAUAUUUUUGUCAUUCAUAAAUGAAAUAUACAGUAGGUCCUGGAACAACACUUGUAAUCACAAAUUUGAAAAAAAUAAAAAUAAAUUUCUACAUGGCAGCUCGGUGGUUCAGAUGGAAAGCGUUGGCCUCACAGUUCUGAGGUCCCGGGAUAAGUCCCGGACCCGCCUGUGUGGAGUUGGCCUGUUCUCCCCGUGCCUGCGUGGGUUUUUUCCGGGUACUCCGGUUUCCUCCCACAUCCCAAAAAUAUGCAUUAAUUGGACACUCUAAAUUGCCCCUAGUUGUGAUUGUGAAUGCGGCUGUUUGUCUCCAUGUGCCCUGGCUGGCAACCAGUUUAGGGUGUACUCUGCCUUCUGCCCGUUGACAACUGGGAUAGGCUCUGGCACUCCCGCAACCCUCGUGAGGAUAAGCGGCUGAGAAAACGGAUGGAUGGGCAUUUCCACACCUACCCAGAGUUACAAAGUUACAUUGAAGAUGUACCCAUUUAUUUUGAAUCGGCUUGUUUGACACUUUAAUGCACCUUGCACAAGCUGAACUACCAUUUCAAUCAAAAACCAAAAAAAGUGAUAGAAAACAAUGUUGCACUACAAAAAUGAGUGAUUAUUUCCAUUGGUGUAUAGUAUAAACGAGGGCUUCUCAAACUUUUUAGGUCUGGGGAUCUCUGACGGGGGAACAAUUUUUUUUUCCAAGAACCACAUAAUACUGAAGCAAAUGAAGUUGAACAAAAGUGUACCCUUAAAUGCCACAAGGAACUUUUCAACCUAAAUAUUAAUGACCUUUUUAAAAGAAAGAAACUUCAACAAAUUAGAUUGAAUUCAAUCCCCUGCAUUUAGGUAUGACAAGAAAGGACCUUGGUGGAAGGCAAUCACAGUCAGUCACAUUGACUAUUGCGAGAGAGAUGGCACCCAUUUAUAGAUUGCAAAAGCAGUGACUGAUGGAACGUUGUACCUGAAGUAUGUCAAGCCAUGCCACAAAUAUUUUUCUGAACUCAUCUUCCUUCACCGUACAACUCCAGGUAUGGAAACAUUGUGAGAGAGAUAAAUAAACUGCACGCAUACAGGGAUGAUAGUCAUAUCGGCACUUUUAAUUGGCUGAAAAAUUAGAUGUGAAGGGAUAAUUGGUUAAGGAUGUUUGUUUUAUCAGCAUGCUGGUCCCCAUAGGUAAGAGACAUCAAUCAUCAAUUUGUUGCAAAAUGCUUUUUGUGGUACUCUGACCUCCCAUCUUGGUACCAGAGUACCUCAGUUUGAACACCAUUGAUUUAAACAUGCCUUUUACAAAACCGUACUGUUUUUUUGCACUGAAAGCACAACAUUCCUAAUACCUUACUUUCCUGCAUCCUCUCCAAUGCACUCCUGUGUAUCAAGAGGAUGAUGAAAUGUAGCAUGUUUGUUUCUGUCCUGUGUCCGUUCAAGCUGAUCGAGAUUAUCAUUUGUGUUUCUUUCAAGGAAAAAGUUCCCGUUGGUUACCAUGAAUCCGAAAUGCACUGUAAAAAGUAAAAUGUAAAAUAGCUACACUG